AGUUGUUGCCGUAUAAAGGACACGUAAACUAAAAUGGUUUUCGUGGAGAAAACAUUUCCUCGUGGAGGAGAACUAAAGCGAAAGAAAGUAAAUGCCGGUGAUGGAUCAAAACAACAGUUUGGAGCAAUAUCGAAGAAGACAUUUGUGAAGAAAAAGCACAAGAAGAGCGACAAGAAAAAGAAUGAAAGCGGAGUAGCAAAGGAAGAAUCUUUGGAGUCUCGCAAAGCCGAAUUGAUUUCAUCAAGAACCAUUGCAGAAGGAAUGCUCCUUAUGGGGUACAUAAAAUCAAUUCUUCAGACGGAUUUGUAUGUCUCCCUACCAGGAAGGCUUCAGGGAAGGGUGUCAAUUAAUUCAAUCUCUUCUCCUUACACAAAUGCCCUCGAGAAUGUUGUUCAAGGAGAGGGUGAGUGUAAAACCCUUGUGGAACUAUUCGACAUUGGUCAGGAAGUGUAUGUUAAAGUGAUGGAAAUAUCAAAGGGAAAGACAAAAGGUGACACCAAAAGAAUCGAACUAUCACUCAAUCCGAAGGAUCUCCACAGUGAUGUGCAUCACGCGAAAUUGCAGAAAGGCUUGAUAAUGUCCGGAGCAAUUGAAUCUGUUGAGGAUCAUGGAUAUAUCGUGGAUCUUGGUAUUGCAAAUGUGAGAGCUUUUCUGCCAACAAAGGGCACGUCUCAUGGAAAGUAUUCAGUUGGAGAGUUGAUCAUGUGCACACUUCACAAAGUAACGACAAACAGUUCAGUGACAACAGUUCAACUCAAGGAGUGUACAAAAGAGAAAAUUCUUUCUAGCGAAGAGGACAUUCAACUCGAUCAUGUUUUCCCAACACUCACAGUAAAGUUCAUUAUUGUGGACUGUGUGAAGAAUGGGCUGAUGGGGAAAAUUCUCGAUGGCACAUACACAGCCUAUAUCAAUCAGACACACUUGGGGCAGGGAAAGAGAAUUGAAGAAUUUGAAAUUGGAUCAGAAAUUGAAGCAAAAGUCCUUUACAUUAUGCCACUCACGAAGUUUGUCUACCUAACGCUGAAUUCUUUUGUAACGCUGGAGCAAAGAAUCCCAUAUGGAGUAAUUAUGAAGAAUGUGGAGAUUUUGGGAAAGUCACAAAGUGGGAUACUCCUUAAGCUUUCCGACAAUGCUAAAGGACUCAUCACCUACUCUCACAUGAGGGUGGGAAUACACACAAAUGUGGAUGAAGACGAAUUGAGCAAAAAGUAUACGCAACCAAAGUUAUCAAUUCUACGUGUAAUGGACUACAAUCCCGUGGAUGAUGUCUACAUCUGUACGGAUAAGCAGAGUCUCAUCAAUGAGAAAUAUUUCUGUUUGGAAGAUGCAAAAAUCGGGGAUUUCGUUCAGGUGAAAAUAACAAAGAAGGUUCCAAGUAAGGGCUUUGCUGUAAGCUUCGGGCAACUCCAAGGAUUCAUAUAUCAAGCACACUUAUCGAAGAUGGUGUCAAAGCAGAAUGUGGGAAGUAAAGUUCGUGGAAGGGUGCUCUUCAUUGAUGAGCAAUACAAGAAAGUUGUUUUCACAACACGACCAGAAUACUUGAAAGAAAAUGCUGCAAUUAUCUGUGAGAGAGGAGACAUUUUGCCGGGAAAGAGUUACAUUGGAAUGAUCCAUGAUGUGACCACAAAAAAAAUUCUUGUGCAGUUUUUCAAUAGAAUUCUCGGUGCUGUGAUUAAAGGGAGUGAUCUUGUCAAUCGUUCGUACUACGAAUCAAUGAAAGCGGGUCAAAUUGUCAAAGUAACUGUGACCAGUGCUAAUGAUCGAUUCAUAAAUCUCACCUUCGACAGAGGCACGAAUGAGGAUUCCGUGAAGUAUGGCAAAGUCUUCAAUUCCAAGAUUGUAGGAUCUUACACGUCAGGAAUCGAAGUGGAAGCUGAGAAUUCAAAAUCCAAUACUUGGAUUUCAAAUCACUACGUUACGGAGACUCCUCAGCUGGCACAAAUUCUCUCAUCCUGCCUGGAUUCUGGAGAAGUGCGCGUUGUAAAGCUCUCAGAUGAUAUCUACAGUUUGCGCGAUGUGAGUCAUUUCUGCAAGUUCAAGAUGUCAUCGUGGAAAUCCCUGUCACCUGGGAUGAUAUUGCGAGGAUUCGUAAAGUGCAUUAAUCAUGAUUGCUUGGAAGUACACCUGCCGCUUCGGGAUGCGACUAAAACCACAAAAAUCUUCUAUCCAAUGAUUUUGAAAAAUUACCAGGAAGGUGAUGAAGAAGGUAUCUUCCAUCCUGAGCAGAUAAUCCAUGUGAAGGUCCUGAGUAAGGAUAUGAAAACAGGAAUAAUUUCAUGCUCAGCACUUCUCAGUCAAGUGUGGAAUGGAAAUCUGAAGGCUUCUGUGAAAAUUCUUACUAAUUUCUUUAAAGAUCUUGACACAAUAUACGCAAAGUUGAGCCCCAAAUACAAGACAGGUGACAAAGUAUUGGCAAAAGUUGUGGAAAUUCGCGAAGAGAGUGCGAGCGUUAAAAUUAGCGGAACUAAACAAAUGGGAAUCAUUCCACGCCAUCUCCUUGAUGGCGAACCCACUGUUGGAGAGAAAUUGCAAUGUAUUGUGCUUUGGGUAUCACCAGAAGGUCUAAUCCAUCUCAGCAACAAGUCGAGUCAUAUGGAAAUGCGUGGGAAUAAGGAUCAUCCGCCUUUUAGUCACAUCAAACAAGCAGGAGAGAUUAUCCUAAAAACAGAUCACUUCUUCCUGGUUCUCUUGGAAUCGAAUCACGUUGUUUAUGUUCCACUCAAAUUGCAUUACAACGAUUUCUGUCCGGUACUUGCUGAUAGGAAGGGACAGUGUGAGGUGAUCUUGUUAAAUGACAGAGCAGAAAGAGUUAUAGCCAUCUUCAAGGAUAUCUACGAAGAAUGCCGCAACAUCAAUGAAAUUACAGAAGGAAGAAAGCGAAAGCAGGAAUCAAUCAGUGAAUCAGAAAAGGAUGAGCUUCCUUCGAAGAGAAUCAAAGCGGAAGAAAAGAUUGAAGUUAGUGAUAAGGAAGAUGACGAUGAUGAUGCCAUGGAUGAGAACAAAGAAACAGCUCCUACGGCAGGAUCUUCAAAUUUCUGGAAUACAGACUUUUCCUGGCUACCAAGUGCUGUCAAGUCCGAAAGCGAAGACGAUUCAGAGAGAUCUGAUGCGGAAACACCGGCAAAGAAGAAAAAAUUAACAGCAAGCGAGCGUCUAGAGCAUGCUAAAUCGGAAGAAGCUCGAAUUCGUGAACGGGAAGAAAAUCUAGCGGAUGGUAUAAGUGAUCCACAGAAUACGGAUGACUUUGAAAGACUUGUCCUCACAACACCCAACAAUAGUUUAAUUUGGAUUAAGUACAUGGUGUACUAUCUGCAAGCUACAGAGGUGGAAAAGGCACGUGGUGUAGCCCGGAGGGCUAUCAAGAGUAUCUCAUACCGUGAAGAGGUUGAGUUGACAAACAUGUGGGUGGCUCUUUUGAAUUUGGAACUUCGCUUUGGUUCAAGAGAUUCGUUCGAGGGUGUACUCAGUGAGGCAAUGGAGGUAAAUGAUCAGUUUAGGAUCAUGAUGAAGACAAUAGAAAUGUUGGCGGAUGUGAGGAAAAUCGAGGAGCUACGUGCAAAAGUUGCUGUGGCAGUGAAGAAGUUUAGAGAUAAUCCUGAAAUGUGGACAAAAGUCGGUGCUGCUUACUUCACUGUGGGACUCAUCAAUGAUGCAAAGCAACUCAUGCACAGAGCAAUUGGUGCUCUUCCACAGCGAGAUCAUAUUGCAGUAAUCAGUAGUUUUGCCAAGUUGCACAAUAAAUUUGACGAGAAGGAAACCGCCCAUGCGCUCCUUGAGCAAAUUGUCACAUCUUACCCCAAACGCGUGGACAUUUGGUCCAUGUACGUAGAUAUGUUGACAAAGGAUUCCCGACACGAUCUGGCAAGGCAAAUUCUCGAUCGUGCCAUUCUGCAGAAGUUGCCACUGAAGAAGAUGCGAUCACUCUUCAAGAAGUAUCAAGAUUUUGAGGAGAAAUUCGGCAAUGAGCAAUCGGUGGAGAAAAUAAAAUCCAUGGCUGAGGAAUUUGUACAAAAUUAUAUUAAAACGUAAGUUGACCUUAAAUGCUACAAUGUAUUUUGUCAAAUUAUCCUUAACUGUUUGUUUUUUAAAUAAAAUUUGCCACUUGAUUGAAUAAAAGCUCAUAUCACAAAAUAA